GCUGACUUCACCUUCGUGUCACUGCCGAAUCUCGGUUAAACAUGUCUCAGGUGGUGUUUAGCAGGUUCUACAGUUUCUGUCGUUUAUCGAGGCGGAUGUUCUGCACUCAGACGACUUCUCCAUUAAUCCUCCGAGAGCAAGAGGACGGGAUAAGGAGAAUCAUUUUGAACAACCCCAAGAAGAGGAAUGCCUUGUCUCUUGCCAUGUUAACUUCUUUGCGAGAGAAUAUCCUGACUGGGAUAGACGACAAGGACCUGAGAGUCAUCGUCAUAUCAGCACAGGGUCCAGUGUUCUCCUCAGGUCAUGACCUUAAGGAGCUGACCUCGGCACAGGGCAGAGAUUAUCACACAAGAGUGUUCAGAGUUUGCUCAGAGGUCAUGACCCUGAUUCAGGACCUCCCAGUUCCGGUGAUCGCAAUGGUAAAUGGCAUUGCCACAGCAGCAGGAUGCCAGUUAGUUGCCACUUGUGAUAUUGCUGUAGCAACAGACAAGUCAAGCUUUGCAACUCCUGGUGUGAAUGUCGGCCUGUUCUGCUCUACUCCAGGAGUGGCCAUUGGAAGAGCUGUCCCUAGAAAGGUUGCAAUGGAGAUGUUGUUCACAGGACGCCCCAUCAUGGCACAGGAGGCUUUGCUGCACGGACUUGUGAGUAAGGUGGUACGUGAAGAGUGUUUAGAGGAAGAAACUCUGGCCAUUGCACGCCGAAUCUGCGAGUCUAGCCGCCCAGUGGUGGCUCUCGGAAAAGCAGCCUUUCAGAGGCAGAUGGCACAAGGUCGAGAUGCUGCGUAUGCCACUGCCACAGCUGUCAUGGUGGAUAAUCUUGCCCUGCGUGAUGGGCAGGAGGGAAUCCAGGCUUUCAUAGAGAAACGCCAGCCCCUGUGGACCAACAGCACUGAAAAAGCACAUGAUUGACUCCAGAAACAAACCACACAGGUGGCUUAAAAAAUAAAAUAAAAUAAAAGCCCCAUUUGAAUCUAAUUAGAAUGCUUUCCACAUUGAAAAGCAUAAACAAAGUGCCACCUUCUGUAAUGUGUGAUGGCACAUUUGGGAUAACAGUGUGAGAUUCUGUUAGGAUCUAAACUGUAAUAAAAGAAGACAAAAAAAACCAACCCUUAUCCACUCACAUACUAUUUGUUAUGCUUCAAUCACAAGUUUUAAUAAAGCAAUUGAAAAAAGGA